AAAACUGGGGGUGGGGACCCCAAAACUGGGGUGGGGGAGGGGACCCCAAAGGGGGCUCUGAGCGGCCGAGGGCGCCCCCUGGCGCUGGGGGUGAUGUUGACAGUGCGCAUGCGCCGGAUCGAGGGGUCCUUCGGCUCCCUUCGGUAUUUUCCGGCCCCUUGCAUCAUCAUCGGCUCUUUCCGUUCUCACUCGGCCCUUUCCGACCAAUUCAGCCCUUUUCGGCUCCCCUCGGUCCUUUCCGCCUCCCCUCGGCCCUUUCCGCCGCCCCUCGGUCCUUUCCGCCUCCCCUCGGCCCUUUCCGCCGCCCCUCGGCCCUUUCCGCCGCCCCUCGGCCCCGUUCGCCGCCGUUCCCCCGCCGCCAUGGCCGGUGGUCGCCGCUCGCCGCCCGCUCGGUGCUGCCCGGGGCGGGUGGCCGUGCCCAGCGUGCACCAGAGCCUGCCCGAGAUGGACUUCGAGCGGGGGAUCUGGGCGGCGGCGCGGGACGGGGACGAGGCGCGGGUGCUGCAGCUGCUGGAGCGGCGCGGGGACCCCGCGGAGCCCGACCUGGCGGGGUACACGGCUCUGCACUACGCCAGCCGGAACGGGCACCUGGCUGUUUGCCGGCUGCUGCUGGAGCGGGGGGCUCCGUGCGACGCCCGCACCCCCGGCGGGGCCACCCCGCUGCACCGCGCCUGCUACUGCGGCCACCGCGCCGUCACCGAGCUGCUGCUGGAGCACGGCGCCGACCCCGCGGCCGCCGACCAGGACGGCAGAACCGGCCUGCACAAGGCGGCGGAGCAGGGGCACCGCGAGCUCUGCGCGCUCCUCCUGCGGCAGCGGCCGGCGCUCGCCGCUCUCCGCGAUGCGCGGGGCCGGAGCCCGCGGGACGGGGCGCACCCGGCCGUGAGGGACCUGCUGGACGCCUGAGGGGACGCGGCCACGCCCACUCCGCCGCGCUCUGAGCCAAUCGCCGCCCGCCUCUCCUCUUCGCCACGCCCACCUCUGCGCCGCAGCCAAUCGCGUGCAGCACCGCCUCAGGGAAGGCAGCCAAUCAGCGCCCGCGGGGGGCGGAGCCUCGAGGUAUAAACCACGGGGGGAGGAGCCAGGAUUUAAAGGCGCCGCGUCCUUUAAAUGAGCCCCGGUAACCGGAGCCCCUCCCCGGGUAACCGGAGCCCUCCCCCGGUAACCGGAGCCCCUCCCGCGGUAACGGAGCCCCUCCCCUGGCAACGGAGCCCCGCCCCCGGUAACCGGAGCCCUCUCCCAAUAACGGAGCCCCUCCCCCGGUAACCAGAGCCCCGCCCCCCGCGCAGCACCGACACCCAGCACAGAUAUAGAAUUUUUAUUAACCCAUCUGGCAAAAAAGCCCCCUGAAAAAAACCCCAUGAAAUAAAAAUUCCACGGUCGGUUUCACAACCGAGGGGGGGGAGGGGUGGGGGAAGGGCAGAACCGGGAGGGGGAGGCCCGGCCCCCCCCGCCCCUCCCCCCUCGGCCCGAGCUCCCCAAAAAAAUACAAAUCAAACCUGAACAAUAAAUAGGAAUUCCCGUGGGGGGGGAAGGAAAAGGAAGGGGUUUUGCAUAGAGGAAGAUUUAAUAAAAAAAGUUUUUUUUUUUCUUG